UCAUCCUUCAUCCUUUCUGUAAUUUGAAACAAUGUGCUCCGCUAGCGUCGCGACGCUAGCUGUUUUAUUGUUUUGCGCUUUGUCCAGGGUGGCGAUCGCCGCCGCUGGGAAUAGUCCGAGGUUCGACGAGCUGUUUAAAUCCAGCUGGGGUGAAGACCACAUGCUCCACGACGGAGAGCUCAUUAGGCUGAAGCUCGACGCUUUUUCCGGUGCGGGAUUCGUCUCCAAGAAAAGAUACAUCUACGGCAAGGCCACCGCCGAGAUCAAGCUCGUCGGUGGAGAUUCCGCCGGCACUGUGACGGCUUUCUAUAUGUCGUCGGAAGGAGCAAACCGUAACGAAUUCGACUUCGAAUUCCUCGGAAACACGACGGGAGAGCCUUACCUGGUUCAAACAAACAUCUACGUGAACGGAAUAGGAAACCGAGAACAGAGGAUAGAUCUUUGGUUCAACCCCACCGCCGAUUUCCACUCUUACUCAAUCCUAUGGAACCAGAAACUGGUGGUCUUCCUCGUCGACGAGACGCCGAUCCGUGUUUUCCUUAAUCAAGAGGCGAAAGGUGUCGCCUUUCCGGGAUAUCAAUCCAUGGGGGUUUACAACUCGCUUUGGAAAGGCGAUGGCUGGGCGACACAAGGCGGCCGAGUGAAGACGAACUGGUCUCAUUCCCCCUUCAUCGUCACCUACCGCGCGCUUACGAUCGACGGAUGCGAGAUCGACGUGGAAGCUGCCGUAGACGACGAGGUGAGGCGGUGCGGGGAAAGUGAGUGGGGAAAGGAAGGGAGAUACUGGUGGAAGGCGCCGGUGAUGCAGAAGCUCACUGUGCAUCAGCUUCACCAGUUAAUUUGGGUUAGAGCAAAGCAUCUUAUAUAUGACUACUGUUUUGAUUAUGCUCGGUUUCCUCCGGCGCCGCCGGAGUGUGGCCGUUGAUGCGUAUCGGAUGCUCCCUGCGAAGAUUAAUGAUCUCGA